AUGGAUUCCAAUCAGGUCGAAAUCCAGCUGCCAGGAGGGAGGAUCUUGGCCAAACGAUCAAAUGGUCUUGUACACGUUCGUGGGCUGCGCUACGCAACGGCGAGUCGGUUUCAGCGCCCAACACUCACUGAAAAUUGGCCCAGCCCAUUUGACUGCACGAAGCCAGCCAUCAUUUGUCCUCAAAGACCAUCCCGCCUGAACUUUAUCACAGGGGAUCUUAAAUUGGACCGUCAAAUGGACGAAGACUGUUUGAAUCUGACAAUAACUAUGCCAGAGUCAGGCUUGGAGCAGUCACAGAAACUGCCCGUUCUCGUUUGGUUCCACGGCGGUGCUUAUCUCUCCGGUGGCGGCGAUCUUGAUUGUUACUACCCGGGAUCUCUGGCCUCAAAGGGCAUCAUUGUGGUCAAUGUCACAUAUCGCCUUGGUAUCUUUGGCUUCAUGCCAGUUGAUGGAAUUGCGCCUUCCAAUCUUGGGCUCAUGGACCAGCUCGAGUCGCUUCGAUGGGUCAGUCGGAACAUACAACACUUCGGAGGGGAUCCCAAGCAGGUAACCAUCUCCGGGCAAUCCGCUGGUGCACACUCAGCGUUCUUGAUGACGAUCGUGGAUGAUGCCAAAGGAUUGUUUCGGCGUGUCAUCCUACAGAGUCCCCCCUUCGGUGAAGUUUAUGCGGACAAUGGAGUCGAGCAGCUCUCUCAAUACGCAAAAGCCUUGAUUGGCACAGAACCACAGAGUCUCACCACGCAUGAUUUGUUGGAGAUUGAGGUCAAGUUGAUCGCCGAGGCCAACCACAUGGGUCUUCCUCUUGCAUACUGGCCACACUUUGGCAGAUACCCUAUGCCUGAUCUUUCCGAGUCAGAGUCCAGAGUUUCAGAUUCGGCAAAAACAGUUCCUGUUCUCUCUGGGUGGACCAUGAAUGAGGGUAGUGCUUUUGUGCCAGUACAGUACGAGAAUUCAUUAUGGGCAAAGUUUCCAAUCCUUGGCACGGUGAUCAAAUCCGUGGCGACCUGGAAAUUCUCCGGGAGGCUUUUUGUCUGGCCAACACAAGAAUACCAUAGGAAAUAUUUGGCAUGCGGCGGAAACUCGUCUACUUACAGCCUUGACUGGAGCCCUGCAGGUUCCACACAUGGGGCUGUUCAUUGCAUUGAUUUACCUUUUUUAUUUGGAUCAUGGGACACCUGGAAAGCUGCACCCAUGCUUCAAGGCACUGGAGCAAAAGAAGUCGUAGAACGGGUCGGUCAUCAGGUUCGGGACCUCUUCGCACAUUUUUGCAUUGCGGAUGAUGUCUGCGCAUUCCGAUCCAAGCAUUUCGAUAUUGAUGAGGACUUUGUAUUUGAAUUUGCUAGUCAAUAG